AAAGGGUUCUUCUAAAUUUCAGUGGCAAUAGGAUCCCAAGAUCUUUGCUGCUGUCUCUUUUAUCUGUCUUCAAAGCUAACGGUUAAGAACAAGGAUGGUGGAGGCUUUCUGUGCUACCUGGAAGCUGACAGACAGUCAGAACUUUGAUGAAUACAUGAAGGCUCUAGGUGUGGGCUUUGCCACUAGGCAGGUAGGAAAUGUGACUAAACCAACAGUGAUCAUCAGUCAGGAAGGGGACAAAGUGGUGAUCAGGACUCAAAGCACAUUUAAGAACACAGAGAUUAGUUUCCAUCUGGGAGAAGAAUUUGAUGAAACUACUGCAGAUGAUAGAAACUGUAAGUCUGUUGUUAGCCUCGAUGGAGACAAACUUGUCCAUGUACAGAAAUGGGAUGGCAAAGAAACAAAUUUUGUAAGAGAAAUUAAGGAUGGCAAAAUGGUUAUGACUCUUACUUUUGGUGAUGUAGUUGCUGUUCGCCACUAUGAGAAGGCAUAGCAAGGUUCCUGAUCCCGGCUGGAGAAGCUCUACGAUUUUUCUGUUUACUCAAGUCUCAGUAUUAUCCUACAAUGACAGUACAGCUGAUCACUAAUUAGAAGGUUAUCCUUGGUGUGAAGGUGAAAAAUGGUGAUUUAAAAACUUGUUUUAAAAACCUGUUACUUUAGGCAACUAGCUCAAUUUUGAUCUGCAAAUUUAUCAUGUUUUAUAAUUUGUAUUAAAAUUUUAAGCUACAUUUUUAAAAUUAAAAGGUGAAUACAUUUUAUAAUUUCCAUUGGAAUAAAAAUC